AUGAUUAGUUAUGUAUUAGUUAUUAAAAUGGGCCUUAUAACUGAAAUUACACUAAUUGCUAUAAUUACUACUAUUUGCUAUAUCUCUUCUUUCUCUCUAUUCACUGAAACUGAUAGGAGAUCUGGCUAG